CAGCAGCCUUAUCAUUAUCAGAGCAUACGCGGUGGUAGCGCAAUCACGAACAACGAGCAUCGCCGUUGCACCGAUCUGCGCGAUCGUUUCUCGGGGCGUCGUCACGUCGCCGAGAAGUAUUACGAUUGUCUGCAAUGUGCCGAGCAGUGUCGUCACGUGGACAACAACCCCAGCAGUGGGGGAAACAACAACAAUAACUACAGUAACAACAAUAACGGCGGCAAGAACGAGAGCGGGGCCGCCGUCGUUAACCAUCGGAUUCGCGGUAAUUACCGUUUGCCUGCUUCAGGCGCGGAGUUGUAUCUUGACGAGGAGGCACCGAUGUCUUCGCCCGACGAGCUCAGGAGAAUUCGGAGCACCAGGAACAGCUUGAGCAAGUCCUUGGCGAGGCAUCAGUCCGCGCAUCUUACACCAGUCAAGAAGAGAUCGUCGCUGGCUCGACCGGUUCGCGUUCAUGACUCCUUUGUACAACCCAGACGGGCGAUGGCCGAGGAGGAUGGUUAUCGGGACCCACAGCGGGAUCAACAGACGACGAGUUCGUGCAAGAAUCCGUGGUGGUGGCAGGAGCGCCGGGAUUAUCAGGAGCCUAAUACGUCGAGCUACGCCUAUCAUCGGGACGCCGAGGACGGUAACGCCAGUUGGCCUAUUCGACUGCGCCUCGAGCAGAUGUUGGAGCUGACGUUGCCGCAGACUAAACGUAAGAAGAAGAAGAAGAAGAAGAAAAAGACGGCGACAACCACGGCGACGAUGAUGCUGAUGAAGCAGCAGCAGCGCGGCAGGCACAGCUUCAAGGACACCGAGAGGCUCCUCAAAGUACUCAGCAUUAACAAUGUGGACCAAGAUAAUAGGUACAACGUCAAGCGAUGUUCCGUCAUGUAGAGAUUAGCGUAAAAGAUAGAGA